CCCCUCCAGGCUGGGAAGGUGACACAGGAACCGCCGCGAGGUCCGACGGGCGAGGGCAGAGGAUUCCUGGGGCGGAUCCGGGCGGGACCUUCCUCCCGACAAGAUGGAGAAGGAGGAGGAGACGCGGGAGAUCCUGCUGCCCAACUGGCAGGGCAGCGGCUCCCACGGCAUCACCAUCGACCAGACCGACGACGGCGUCUUCGUCAAGCGCGUCCAGCAGAACUCCCCCGCCGCCCGCAUGGGCGUCGUCAAGGAAGGGGAUCAGAUCGUGAGUGCCACCGUCUACUUCGACAACCUGCAGUCGGGGGAGGUGGCGCAGCUGCUGCAGACCAUGGGCCACCACACCGUGGGACUGCGGCUGCAGCGCCGCGGCGACCGCUCCCCCCUGCCCGGCCAGCCCUGGGCCCACGACGUGUUCGCCACCGGCAGCCCCGAGGUCGUACUGAGCGGAGAUGACGAGGAGUACAGGAGGAUUUACACCACCAAGAUCAAGCCCCGGCUGAAGUCGGAGGAAGGGGUGGACGCCGAGGGCGGGGGGACGCAGAGCAGGACCAUCACGGUCACCAGGAAGGUCACGGCCUACACCGUGGACGUCAGCCGGCACGGCAGCGCCGGCGACCUCAGCGCCGCGGGCACCGACCUCGACAUCCGAGUCCCGAGCCCGGGAAUCGCCCUCGGCGCCGACGGAGAGCCCGGGAAAAUCCGGCUGCCAACGGGAGAGCUGAGGGUUCAACCAGAGAGCCAAAUUCCUGGUGGAGAAACUGGAAAAGCCGUCCCCUUGGAGAUGUCGACGGGCUGGAAAGGCUCCGGCGCCUUCCCGGGGUCGCCCAGGGUCGAAACCAACGGACAGAUGGGAGAGCUGGAGAUGGGAUUCCACGUCAAGGGGCCCAGGGUGGACGGGAAAGGACAAGCCCCGUGUCUCCAGGGAGAGGUCGACGGGUCUCCGCCGCCCGUGGACGUGGGGAAGAUCAAGAUUCCUGCUUUAAAAAUCCCCAAAUUUGGGUUCCAGGCCGGCAGUGGUGAAGCUCCAGCCCCCCCGGCGGGCGCCGACACCAACAUCACCUGCUCACCUGUCCAGGUGUCACCCCCCUCAGCCACAGCCGGGAAGGUCCCCUCCCCUCAACUGGGCGUCCCCGGCGUCGGCAUCGACGGCCCUGGCAUGGAGCUCACGGCUCACAGCGCCGACGGCACCAAGGGGAAGGUCAAGAUCCCGCACAUGACCUGCCCCAAAUUCACCGCCCUGGACUCGCGGGGGGACGGCCCCGCCCUGGAAAUCGGGGUCCCCAAGGGCGAGGCGGCCGUCGAAGGAGGGUGGAAAGGCCCCGCCUUCAAGAAGGUGGAGACGCCCCAAAUCUCCCUGUCCGACGUGAACUUGAGCCUGAAAGGCCCCCAGGCCAAGGGGGACCUGGGAGGGGUCACCGUCCCCAAGGUGGGGGGAGACCUCCCGGGACUCGGCCCCAAGGGGCUCCAGGUGGACGUGAAGGCGCCCGAGGUGGAAUUCGGGGGUCGCGUGAAGGGCCCCAGCGUGGACGUCGGCGCGAAGGGGCUGAAGGGAGAGGUGGACGUUGCCAUCCCGGCCGUGGGUGGCGAGUUCAAAGGGCCCCAACUGGAGCUUAAAGGCCCCGCGGGGAAGACGCCGGAGCUGCACGUCCAGACCCCCCAGAUCUCGGUGCCCGACGUCGACCUGAACCUCAAAGGUCCCGGAGUGAAAGGAAAUCUGGACGUUUCCAAACUGGAAGGGGAGCUGAAAGCCCCCGGACUCGACAUCAAAGGCCCCAAAGUUGACGUUGGGAGCCCAGACCUGGACGUCCAAGGUCCUGAGGGCAAACUGAAGUUCCCCAAGCUGAAAAUGCCCAAAUUUGGGGUGAAGGGAGAAACCCCCAAUGUCGAGGUGACUCUUCCCAAGGGGGAGGUGGACGUUUCUGCCCCCAAAGUGGACAUUUCUGCCCCCAAAAUGGACAUUUCUGGCCCCAAGGUUGACCUGAAGGGCCCCAAAGUGGACAUUUGUGGCCCCAAGGUGGAUGUUGAUGUCCCGAGUGUGGACAUCAAGGGCCCCAAAGUGGACAUUGAGGCCCCUGAUGUGGACAUUCACAGCCCAGAGGGGAAGUUCAAGAUGCCCAAGUUCAAGAUGCCCAAAUUUGGGAUGCCUGGGGUCAAGGCUGAAGGCCCCGAGGUGAACGUGACCCUGCCCAAGGGGGAUGUCAACGUUUCCCUGCCCGGGGUGGAGAUGCCAAGCGUGGACAUCCAGGGGCCCGAAGGCAAAGCGAAGGUGCCUGAGAUGCACAUCAAGGCCCCCAAAGUCUCCAUGCCCGACGUCGACCUGAACCUCAACGGUGCCAAGGUGAGGGGCGACCUCGACGCCUCCGUCCCCACUUUGGAGGGGCCCCAACUGGAGCUGAAAGGCCCCAAAGUUGACAUUGGGAGCCCAGACCUGGACAUCCAAGGUCCCGAGGGCAAACUGAAGUUCCCCAAACUGAAAAUGCCCAAAUUUGGGGUGAAGGGAGAGACCCCCGAGGUCGAGGUGGCCCUUCCAAAGGGCAAAGUGGACGUUUCCUGUCCCGGUGUUGACGUGCCAAGCGUGGACAUCCACGGGCCCGAGGGGAAGCUGAAGGGCCCCAAGGUGAAGGUGCCAGAGAUGAGCAUCAAGACCCCCCAGAUCUCGAUGCCCGACAUCGACCUGAACCUCAAAGGUCCCAAAGUGAAGGGAGACCUGGAUGUUUCUGCCCCCAAACUGGAAGGGGAGCUGAAAGCCCCCGGACUCGACAUCAAAGGCCCCAAAGUUGACGUUGAAGUGCCCGACCUGGACGUCCAAGGUCCUGAGGGCAAACUGAAGUUCCCCAAGCUGAAAAUGCCCAAAUUUGGGGUGAAGGGAGAGACCUCCAAUGUCGAGGUGACUCUUCCCAAGGGGGAGGUGGACAUUUCUACCCCCAAAGUGGACAUUUCUGCCCCCAAAGUGGACAUUUCUGACCCCAAGGUGGACAUCGAUGUUCCGAGCGUGGACAUCGAAGGGCCAGAAGUGAAAGGAAAAGGUCUCAAGUUUAAAAUGCCCGAACUGAACGUUCAGACCCCAAAACUGUCCAUGCCAGACGUGGAUCUGGGGUUGAAGGUCCCAAAACUGAAGGGGGACGUGGCAAUUUCUGGCCCGAAGAUCUCCGGGGAUCUGAAGGGCCCCAAAGUAGAUGUGGAGGGUCCCAAGGUGGACGUGAAAGGCCCCAAAAUAGACGUGAAAGGUCCCAAGGUGGAUGUGGAAGUUCCCAAGAUGGACGUGGAAGGUCCCAAAGUGGAUGUUGAGUUACCUGAGGUGGACUUGGAAUGCCCGGAAGGGAAGAUAAAAGGCCCCAAAUUUAAGAUGCCAAAACUGAACAUUAAGUCGCCCAAAAUCUCGAUGCCGGAUGUGGAUUUGAACCUGAAGGGCCACAAAGUGAAGGGAGAGAUGGACGUUUCCCUCCCGAAGGUAGAAGGUGAGGUCAAGGGGCCCAAAAUCGACGUGGAGGUCCCGGACGUCAACCUGGAGGGUCCGGAGGCCAAACUGAAAGUGCCCAAAAUGAAACUGCCCCAUUUCCACGUGUCCGGCCCCAAACUGGAAGGAUCUGAGGUCGAUGUGAACCUGCCCAAAGCAGAGCUGGAGGUGUCUGGGCCGGAGGUGGACGUCGAGGGGCCGGAGGUGGACGUGGGAGGUGCGGAAGGCAAAUGGAAAGGUCCCAAAUUCCGGAUGCCGAAGCUGAACAUCAAAACGCCCAAAAUCUCGAUGCCGGACGUGGAUUUGAACCUGAAGGGCCCCAAAGUGAAAGGAGAGGUGGAUGUGGCAGCUCCCAAGGUCGAAGGGGACUGGAAAGGGCCAGAAUUGGACGUGAAGGGGCCGAAGGUGGAUGUUGAGGUGCCCAACCUGGACAUGGAGGGUCCUGAGGGGAAGGUGAAGGGCCCCAAGUUCAAGAUGCCCGAGAUGCACAUCAAGGCCCAAAAGAUCUCCUUGCCCGAUGUGGACAUCAACCUGAAGGGCCCCAAGGUGAAAGGAGACGUGGACGUGUCAAUGCCAAAGCUGGAAGGUGACCUGAAGGGCCCUGAACUGGACAUCAAGGGCCCCAAAGUGGACAUCGAGGCCCCUGACGUGGACAUUCACGGCCCAGAGGGGAAGUUCAAGAUGCCCAAGUUCAAGAUGCCCAAGUUUGGGAUGCCCGGGGUCAAGGCUGAAGGCCCCGAGGUGGACGUGACCCUGCCGACAGGAAACCUGGAUGUGUCCGGUCCCAAGGUGGACAUUGAAGGUCCAGAGGUGGACGUUGAGCUGCCCGAGGGGAAGGUGAAGGGCCCCAAGUUCAAGAUGCCCGAGAUGCAUUUCAAGGCCCCCAAGAUCUCCAUGCCUGAUGUCGACUUCAACUUGAAGGGCCCCAAAGUCAAAGGUGAUCUUGAUGUGUCUGUUCCCAAACUGGAGGGUGACCUGAAGGGCCCAGACAUUGACAUCAAGGGCCCCAAAGUUGACAUCGAGCCCCCUGAUGUGGACAUUCAUGGUCCAGAGGGGAAGUUCAAGAUGCCCAAGUUCAAGAUGCCCAAGUUUGGGAUGCCCGGGGUCAAGGCCGAAGGCCCCGAGGUGGACGUGACCCUGCCAACAGGAAACCUGGAUGUGUCCGGUCCCAAGGUGGACAUUGAAGGUCCAGAGGUGGACGUUGAGCUGCCCGAGGGGAAGGUGAAGGGCCCCAAGUUCAAGAUGCCUGAGAUGCAUUUUAAGACCCCCAAGAUCUCGAUGCCCGACAUCGACCUGAACCUGAAGGGCCCCAAAGUGAAGGGGGACGUGGAUGUUUCCCUUCCCAAAGUUGAAGGUGACCUGAAGGGCCCAGACAUCGACAUUAAGGGCCCCAAAGUCGAUGUUGACCUUCCUGAUGUUGAGCUGGAAGGACCUGAAGGAAAACUGAAGGGCCCCAAGUUCAAAAUGCCUGAGAUGCACAUCAAGGCUCCCAAAAUCUCGAUGCCGGACUUUGAUCUGAACCUGAAGGGCCCCAAAGUGAAGGGAGAUGUCGAUGUGUCCCUGCCCAAGGUGGAAGGUGACCUGAAAGGGCCAAAGGUGGAUAUUAAAGGUCCUGAGUUGGAUGUUUCUGCCCCAGAUGUUCAAAUUGAGGGACCUGAGGGGAAGAUCAAGGGCCCCAAAUUCAAGAUGCCCGAGAUGAACAUCAAGGCCCCCAAAAUCUCAAUGCCCGACAUUGACCUGAACUUGAAAGGCCCCAAAUUGAAGGGAGACGUGGAUGUGUCUCUUCCCAAGAUGGAAGGUGAUUUUAAAGGUCCUGAAAUAGAUAUUAAAGGCCCCAAAGUUGAUGUUGAUCUUCCUGAUGUUGAACUGGAAGGGCCUGAGGGGAAGGUGAAGGGCCCCAAGUUCAAGAUGCCUGAGAUGCACAUCAAGACCCCCAAAUUCUCCAUGCCCGACGUCGACUUCAACCUGAAGGGCCCCAAGGUGAAAGGAGACGUGGACGUGUCAAUGCCAAAGCUGGAAGGUGACCUCAAAGGCCCUGAACUGGACAUCAAAGGCCCCAAAGUUGACAUCGAGGCCCCUGAUGUGGACAUUCAUGGCCCAGAGGGGAAGUUCAAGAUGCCCAAGUUCAAGAUGCCCAAGUUUGGGAUGCCCGGGGUCAAGGCCGAAGGCCCCGAGGUGGACGUGACCCUGCCGACAGGCAACCUGGAUGUGUCCGGUCCCAAGGUGGACAUUGAAGGUCCAGAGGUGGACGUUGAGCUGCCCGAGGGGAAGGUGAAGGGCCCCAAGUUCAAGAUGCCUGAGAUGCAUUUUAAGACCCCCAAGAUCUCGAUGCCCGACAUCGACCUGAACCUGAAGGGCCCCAAAGUGAAGGGGGACGUGGAUGUUUCCCUUCCCAAACUGGAGGGUGACCUGAAGGGCCCAGACAUUGACAUCAAGGGCCCCAAAGUCAAUGCUGACCUUCCCGAUGUUGAGCUGGAAGGACCUGAAGGAAAACUGAAGGGCCCCAAAUUCAAGAUGCCUGAGAUGCACAUCAAGGCCCCCAAAAUCUCCAUGCCCGACGUCGACUUCAACUUGAAGGGCCCCAAGAUCAAGGGAGAUGUUGAUGUGUCAGUGCCAAAGCUGGAAGGUGACCUGAAGGGCCCUGAACUGGACAUCAAGGGCCCCAAGUUGGACAUUGAUGCCCCUGAUGUGGACAUUCACGGCCCAGAAGGCAAAAUCAAGAUGCCCAAGUUCAAGAUGCCCAAAUUUGGGUUUUCUGGCCCCAAAGUUGAAGGCCCUGAGGUGGACGUGACCCUGCCAACAGGAAACCUGGAUGUGUCCGGUCCCAAGGUGGACAUUGAAGGUCCAGAGGUGGACAUUGAGCUGCCUGAGGGAAAGGUCAAAGGCCCCAAGUUCAAGAUGCCCGAGAUGCACAUCAAGACCCCCAAAAUCUCGAUGCCAGACCUGGAUCUGAACCUGAAGGGCCCCAAAGUCAAGGGGGACGUGGACGUGUCACUGCCAGGAGUUGAAGGAGAACUGAAGGGUCCCGAGGUCGGCAUCGCUGCCCCCGACGUCCACAUCGACAGCCCAGAGGGCAAAUUCAAACUCCCCAAAUUCAAGAUGCCCAAGUUUUCCAUGCCUGGAUUUAAAGGGGAGGGACCAGAGGUGGACGUGACCCUCCCGAAGGGCGAUGUCAACAUUUCGGGUCCCAGCGUGGACUUGGAGACUCCUGAUCUGAGCGUGGAUGGGAAAGUGAAAGGUCCCAAAUUCUCCAUGCCCGAGAUGCACAUCAAGGCCCCCAAAAUCUCCAUGCCUGACGUCGACUUCAACAUCAAAGGGCCCCACCUGAAAGGAGACGUCGACCUCCAAUCCCCUCAGGUCGACGUGAAAGGCCCCAAAAUCGACGUCGAGGCUCCAGACGUGACCCUGGAAGGGCCCGAAGGGAAACUCAAAGGCCCCAAGUUCAAGAUGCCCGAGAUGAACAUCAAGGCCCCCAAGUUCUCCAUGCCCGACAUCGACCUGAACCUGAAGGGCCCCAAGAUCAAGG